AUGAGCAUUCCAACAGAGCUGAGGUUGAGAAUAUACGAACAGCUGUUCCUUGAACCCCGGCCUUACAAGCUGGCACAUCCAGAAAAUCGUAUCCUUAAAGGCAAGCGUACCAGCAUAUUCCGUGUCAAUCGCAGAAUCCACGACGAAGCCACAUCUGUGUUUUACGGAUACCCCAAGUUUACAAUUGAAGUGGGCCCAGAGGAGGUAUUUAUGAUGGGCGAUUUUUGGGAUUGGAACUAUUUUAAGAACUUGGUCAAGGAAAAACCUCAGCUCGAAAAGUCAGCAGUGUCUCCAUAUCGCCCUAUCGCCCUCCUAGGAGCUCCAAAGCACCCUCUCCUUAAAUGUACCACUAUCGAUGUGCCUAUGGGAAAGAUUAACUUUUCAAAAAUGAGGUCCUUCCAUGUCCUUAUCAACCUCGAACGUCCUCGGAAAAAAAUACAUAUCGGCUCGACGGAUUUAUCCCAGGACAAAGAGACUAAAGGCUCCUUCUACAUGGUUGCAGACAAUGUACAAAAACUUGAAUCCCUGUUGAAGUUGGUUCAACCCAAUAUCCACAACUUAUCCGUCUCCGUCCGGGUCCAACAUGGCUUCUGUUCCGAAUUGGGGGAUGUGCUAGGGUUUUCGGUCAACGCCCUUCGCUGGCUUAGUGGUCUCCAGUUUGUUACUAACGCGUCUAUCGAAACUGUAGAAUGGGGAAGUGGGUGGGAUACCCUUCGAUCAUCUGAUUACAUUACAGAUAUAUCUUCCAGUCGACAAACUCUUGUCCCUUUAAAGGGUUCUCAAGUGUCAAACGACGACAUGCCAAUGUAUGACUUGUUCUUGAAGGAACUAGAUCUCUGGAAAACUUUGGUCACCUCUACAGGUGGCCGUGCAAGCACGAGCACAAUCAUGCUAGCGUUUUCGAAACUCGAGAACCUACUCUGGGUAUUUCAAGCGGCCAAAGUUCGUCAAUUUAGAGACGACGAAAACACACUCCCAGAUUUUAUCUAUAGGGCUAGAAAUGCGCUUCAUGAGGGCGACCUUAAGGGCUUGAACGCCAUCUGCAGAGAGGCCGUGAAGCUCUGGUCUGACCACAUUGUGGAGGAGAACAACUUGAAGCUAUGCGCUUGGGGGGAAUUCAUAGCGUUGGAUGCCCUGUCUGCGACUCGGCCUUCCACUACUCUCGACGAAUUAUUGGACGCCAUGAGUGAGAUAGGUAUCAGCGAGUCGAUCAUACCUGAUUUGCAAGGCUGA